AAUUGAAAUUCUUAGGGCCUGUUUGGUUUCAUAGCAAUAUUUUAAAAUUGUGAUUUUGAUUUUGAAUGAUUGUAAUUUUGACCGUUUGUUGGGAACAUGUGGACCCCACAUUUCAGUAAAAUCGUUUGACCGAAAGUUAGGGUUUUACCCGGCCCCUACACAGCUUCUUCCUUCACGAGCAUGCUCUGUUCGCCAUUUCUGAGUCGGCUCCCCUCCUUCCCCCCACCCCUCUUCCUUCUUUGAUCGACAACGAAGCUGUGCAUCCGUAAAUCUCGGUACACCCGUCAGCUUCGCGUGCAAUCGUGCUCGCUCCCCCAACUGCACCCACUCCUUUCCUGUCAGUUUGAGCAGCAAACGAAUUCGGCAAAAUUCGGGCCCCUACCACUGCCAUCUCGUAAUUAAAAGGGUCGAUUGCGGUUUCACGGUUCCAUACCCAAAUCCAAGGAGGGCGGCAUCGACGUAGUUACCACAAUUAAGAGUGCUCGGUUCUAGCGCCGCAGGAAGACCCUCGACGACAUAGCAGACUACUUGCCACCGACCUACUCUGAGUUUAUAAAGCAAUUUGAAUCAAGCAGUUAUCGGUACUUCUCUGCAACUGAGAUGGCUCCCAAGGGUGAUGGCAUAGUUGAGUGGACAGACGAGCUUGAGAGUGCAUUCGUUGACAUUUUGGUCGAUAAAUUCCAAAGGACGCAUACAUCAAGUUGGAGAAUGAAGGACUGGGAACAGAUAAGUAAGGAAUUGGAAGAGAAAUUCCCAGGUGUGAUUCUUGGCGGCGACAAGGUCAAAACAAAAGCACAAAGGAUGAAGACACAAUACACACAAUUCACAGAGUUGAUUCAGCACACAGGAGUUGGUUGGGAUGGGCCGACUAACACCGUGAAAGCGAAUCCUGAUAUUUGGGACAAGUUUAUCAAGAGGAACAGUAACUUCAGGACUUUUCGGUCAAAAGGAUGCAAGCAUUAUGAGGCCUUGAAACUGAUAUACAAAACAUCGUCAGCAACAGGGGGACUACAAAUUUCGUCAACCGACCCAUCUCAUAGCCCCCGAUCCUAUGAACGCAUAGAAGAGGAAUUUCUAGCAUUACGGAACAGCCGUGGCAAAGAGCCUAUCGAUCUUGCAGAGGGAUCCGGCGACAGUAAUGAUCCAAUUGAUGAAGCUGAGGAACCUGUCGUCACAGGGUCGCGGCGACGCGUGAGAAAGAGAGGUUCAAACAACAAGUCGCAGUUGCAGGAGUUGAUCGACUUGUACAAGGAAAGUAAGGUGAAGAAGGACAAAGCGAAAAAAUCUACCCCUCCGGAAUCAAAGAAGAGCAAGUCAGUGACGAGCCCAGAGAAACCAGCACAGAACAGCAUCGGAGAAGCCAUGGUAAUCCUCAAUCAAAUGAGGGGAACAAUUUCUGUACGGGAGUAUCUGGCCGGUAUAGCACGUAUUACGGAGGAUGAACGAUGGCGACAGGCGUUUGUUUGGAUGUACGAAGAAGCUAGGCGCGAAUGGUUGCACAACCUUGUUCAUCCUUGAACAACCGACAUUUUCUCCUCAUAUGUGUUUGUUACUUUCGAUUUUUUCUGUUAUGACAUUAAC